AUGUCUUCGGAGACCGAUCAUAACUCAUCGCAGACAGUUUCUGACGAACUUAACGCCCGUCCGCGCUCGGAGGUUCUCUCUUCCAAGUUCUCUAGGAAAACCAAAUUUCUACAAUCUAUAGCCUCUUCCCCGACAGAACUAUCUCAUGGUACUGGAGUCUCAAGUAUUUAUUGUCCAGAUAUAAAACAAGAACCGUCUCUGGAACCUGACCAACGCCUGGGGGAGCUGCAGACCGCGGACGUAAAAGAGGAAGAUACCGUUCCCUCACUCCUGCUUGAUCUUCCACGUGUAUCUUCCCCAAUCACCUCUCGGACCCCCUCAUCUACAGCCAGCACUGUGGGCACAUAUGACGCGCAGACUUCUCCCUUGGAUGCACCCAUGUUAGAAACAUCCAAAGACACCCCAGCCUCCGAGGCCAAUGAACAGUCUCCCCUCCCACUAACCCAAGACGAACUUGAUGAAGCAAAAUCUCUCAUACUCGACCUCCUAGGAUGGGGCGUAGCACCUGAAUACCUUGUCGAAACUGGCCUGACUCCAGCAGUCGUCUUCAGGGUUUUCACGGAUUUAAACCUUCGUUUACCCGAUAAUCUGGAGUUAACAGACGAUCUCAAAUCGUUAGCUUAUCCUGGAAUCCCAUCUGCCGAAGUUGCGGAAGCUCUGAACUAA